AUGCAUCGUUGGAUCAAUACUUCAUUAUACCUAUAUGUGAUAGUCGAUAUUGUCAUCACUAAUCUAUCAUUUGGUUAUUUUGCUCCCGGCUGGAAAUUCAACAAAGAUCUAUUCCUCAACAUCACCACAUUCUCUCUUCCAUAUCAUUUCACAACAUCUCCACUUGAAUUCCAAAUAUUCUUAUUCAUUCGACAAGCAUUUUGCGCCAUAGCAGUGCUUCUCAACAUUCUCGGCAAAAAAGAGAAAACGAAGCAUCUUCUCCCGAUUGUCACUUUCAACGCAGUUAUCACCUAUUGCUUUUCACUGGUCAAAUUCCUUGCCUUCUCAGAAGACUAUGAGCAACUAUAUUACCCAGGAGUCUGGUUUUCUGUUGUAUGGGCAAUCCUGUCUGGAGCCAUCCAGGUCUUAGUAUGGUACUUCGUGCUAUCUUCUCAGUCAUUCGACUAUCACCGACUGCUAAGUACAACAGCUGAUAGCGAAGACGUUCCUUCUCCUGAAACAGCCGCUGAUUCAACAUCAGAUACUCCAUCAAAUAGUAAUGUCGAAAGCGGAGCCACUUCUCCGACUACACCGAGAGCUCCACUCCGUCAAGUUCUCAGACAACUUAUGUCUUACUGUGGACAUCAAUGGCCAUGGUUUGUUGCAGGAUUCUUUUUCCUCAUCAUCUAUGCAGUUGCUCGAGUGUUCAUUCCGAACUACACUGCUCAAGUUAUAUCAGACAUUGUUAACCGAGGCGGAACUGCCGUUCUUCUUCACUCAAUUUUCAUAUUAGGUAUUCUUACUGCUACCAGUUCUUUCUUCGGAGGUCUUCGUGGAGGAUGCUUUGACUAUGCAACAGCUUUAGUCGCUCUCCGAAUUCGUUUGGAUCUUUUCACGUCUCUAAUCAACCAGGACAUUGGGUUUUUUGAUACAAGUAAAACUGGUGAAACAAUGUCUCGACUCACGUCUGAUUGUCAAACCAUUGCUUCCACAGUUUCUACAAAUGUUAACGUUUUCAUGAGAAACGGUGUGAUGCUCAUUGGCGCAGUCGUUUUCAUGUUUGUAAUGUCUUGGCGCCUUGCAAUGGUCACAUUCAUUGCUGUCCCAUUUGUCGGUUUCAUAACGAAGGUGUACGGAAAGUUCUAUGAUAAAAUUUCUGAAAAGUUGCAACAAACUAUCGCUGAUGCUAAUCAAAUGGCAGAAGAAGUGCUGUCGACAAUGAGAACUGUUAGAAGUUUCGCUUGUGAGAAAAGAGAGAAGACAAGAUUCGAAAAACUUCUCUCGAGCACGCUCAGUGUCAACAGAAAGAGAGCUCUUGCUUAUAUGGGAUACACUUGGAAUAACGAAUUCUGUAACAAUGCGAUUCUCAUCGCCGUUUUGUGGUAUGGAGGUCAUCUCGUUUUGAAUGACAAAAUGAAAAAGGAGCAGUUGAUCACAUUCCUUUUGUAUCAAAUGCAGCUUGGAGAAAACUUAUAUAUGCUCUCAUAUGUGAUGUCUGGAUUGAUGGAAGCUGUUGGUGCAUCAAGAAAAGUGUUCGAGUUGGUUAAUCGUAAGCCACAAUUUGAGUUGAAUGGAAGGCUGAAACCCACCGUAAACGGAAACAUUACUUUCUCCCACGUCGGAUUCACCUAUCCUUCUCGUCCAAACAAUCCGGUUCUCAAAGACCUGACACUCAGCAUCAAGGCUGGAGAGACUGUUGCUCUUGUCGGUCCCAGUGGAGGAGGAAAAUCCUCAAUCGUCUCGCUCAUAGAACACUUCUAUGAACCAAAUGAUGGAACUGUUAGCCUCGAUGGUGUACAAAUUAAAGACAUCAAUCACAUAUACUAUCAUCAGAAGAUUGCACUAGUUGCACAAGAACCGAUCCUGUAUAACGGAUCAGUUAGACAUAACAUUCUUUAUGGAUGUGACUUUGCAACGGAAGAUGAUAUGCUCAACGCAUCGAAAAUGGCGAAUGUUCAUGAUUUUGUUAUGGAAUUAGAAAAGGGAUACGAUACAAAUUGCGGAGAAAAAGGAGUGCAGAUGAGCGGUGGUCAGAAGCAGCGAAUUGCGAUUGCAAGAGCGUUGGUUCGUAAUCCGGCUGUUCUGAUCCUUGACGAAGCUACAAGUGCUCUUGAUACAGAAUCUGAGGCUUUAGUUCAGCAAGCUCUCAGCAGGUGUGCACAAGAAAGAACUGUCAUUAUCAUCGCCCACCGGCUUUCAACGAUAGAGAAGGCUAGUAAGAUUGCUGUAAUUGUAAAAGGACAUCUUGUUCAGAUGGGAACCCACUCCGAAUUGAUGUCAGAGACCGAUGGAACAUAUUAUUCACUUGUUUCCCGCCAAAUGUUGAGCGCAAAAGUCGGAGAAGAGUAG